CCCUCUGUCUACGUCUUAAGCGCAAUUGUUGAGAAAAGGAAAAUGUGUUUAAGAUCGACGAGGGAUGUGGAUGUGUUUUUUUAAGUUAUUUUUAUUUGACACCGACCGGCGGGCCCAAGUAGGCGAGAGAGUUUGCGGCCUUGCGUCCGGAGUUGAGGAACGCGGAAGGUUGCCGCUGUUUUGUCCUUUGCGUGGUUGCCUCUCCGUCCUUAAUGCAGGGGGGUACAUCGCGUGAAUAUAUAAAUGUGUCGUUAAAGCCGCCACCACCCGACUCAGCCAAUUAGUAAGACGCACUCAAGUGAUGAAACAUGCACGCAGAUGUUUCCUGUUCAUCCUGGGCUUCUACGUCCUUGUUCCGUUCAUCGUCAAGCUGUUCCCCACAAUUGCAAUGAAACUGGUCUUCAAUAACUUCGUGCGCGUCCCAACCACGGAGCAACUCGUCGAUCCAGAAACGCACUUCGGUCUCAACCACACGCGCAAUUUCUACAUCCAGCCGGAGAGUGGCGUAACCCUCGGUGUCUGGCACACGGUGCCCGCCUCCCUUGGGCAGCAGGCUCGGGGCAAGGACUCAGGCUGGUACGAGGACAGCCUGGGAUCCGGUCGCCCCAUCAUCCUCUACCUGCACGGCAAUGCGGCUUCGCGGGCUGGAGCGUACCGAGUGCAGCUCUACAAGGUCAUAAGUGCUCUUGAUUAUCACAUCGUGGCUGUGGAUUACAGAGGGUGGGGCGACUCGGUGGGCUCCCCGUCGGAGGUCGCCAUCACGGAGGACGCCUUCACCACGUACAAGUGGAUCGUUGCACGGAGCCAGAAGAGCCCCCUGUUCGUGUGGGGACACUCGCUCGGCAGCGGGGUUGCCACGAACCUGGCUGUUCAAAUAAACAAGGAAGGUGGGCAGCUGGAUGGCCUCGUCCUGGAGUCUCCGUUCACGAAUCUGCGCGAUGAGAUCAGGAACCACCCCAUGAGCCUGAUCUACAGAUUCUUCCCGGCCUUCGACUGGUUCUUCGUCAAACCCCUGGAGGACAACGGAAUACGUUUUGCCAUUGAUGAAAAGCUGGUACACGUCACGAGCCGCCUGCUGCUGCUGCACUCACGCGACGACCCGGUGGUGCCCUACCACAUGGGCCUCAAGCUGUACCUGUUGAUGAUUGUGGCGCGGCCCCACCACAGCGACACGGUCCGCUUCGCGAGCUUCCCGGCGGCGUGCGGCUACCGGCACCAGCACAUCUGGCGCGACCCCAGGCUGCCCGCCAUCGUGCGAAGCUUCGUCGAGAACAGCAAGGAGAGUAACGGAUUGGAGUGGAGGCGGGCGAAGGGUGCGGAUUUUGCAUGGACACCUCCACCCUGCGGUGGCCCAGGUGUGUGAACUCGGGAGCCUGGGUGCCAUGAGGGCUGGCGACUCCACGUUGGCCCAGCUCUUGAACGCACUAACGCACGCACUAACGCACGCACGCACUAACGCACGCACACACACACACACACGCAUCCACACACACGCACACACGCAUCCACACACACACGCAUCCACACACACGCAUGUGCACAAAAGAAAGACGAAAUAUUCCCUGUAUAGCCUGAGCAGACCGUUACGGAAAGUGCUGUUAGCGAGCAUCUAUUAAGGCAGGCACGGCACACGAGGGGGUGGGUGGUCAACACCACGCCCGGCUGCCUUUGUCUCCUC